GUGGACCACAUGAAAUGCCCGUAUGACGUAGGAAUUUUGGUGGGGGAUAUGGCUCCAGCCAGCGGGACUUACAAUCCACCUGAAAUUGGGCUGGUAGGUUUUGUACUUGCCAGCAAUCAUCACCACUACCAGUUCGUGAAAAAAUGGCAGCUAGACAACAACAGCAACAAGGUGCAUCAACUCAAGGAAAAACCUACCAGUUUAAGCUGGUACUAUUAGGCGAAUCGGCCGUAGGAAAGUCAAGUUUGGUUAUGCGGUUCGUCAAGGAUCAUUUUGAUGAAUAUAGGGAAAGUACUAUUGGAGCCGCUUUCUUGGCCCAAACCAUCUCACUUGACGAUAAUACCACUGUCAAAUUCGAAAUUUGGGAUACCGCUGGUCAGGAAAGAUAUAAGAGCUUAGCACCAAUGUAUUAUCGCAAUGCCAAUUGCGCAGUUGUCGUAUACGAUAUUACACAAAGUGCUUCGCUUGAGAAAGCAAAGGCAUGGGUAAACGAAUUACAACGCCAAGCGGAUCCAAAUAUCGUUAUUGCACUUGCCGGUAAUAAGAGCGAUCUGGACUCUCGAAGAGCUGUGGAGACCGAGACUGCACAAGCAUAUGCUGAUGAAGCUGGUUUGCUUUUCUUUGAAACUUCCGCAAAGACUGCUCACAACGUAACACAGCUAUUCACGUCUAUAGCAAAACGCAUGCCACUCGAUCAGCUAGCAGACCAAUCUCGUAAUAAGAACAAGGGACUGAACCCUCGAGGAGUUGAUUUGUCUCGCCCUACCAAUCCCAAUAACUGUGCAUGCUAAAUCUCCUUAGGUUAUAUUUGACUUUAUGAUGCAGCGGAUACAAUAAUUGCAAUGCAAUCUCAUGUACUUCUUGCUUUCCUUUUUUGUGUGUUUGAUUUUAUAAUUACAAUCGAUUUCCUACUUUAUGACUUCCACAUAUUAGUGUGUAGUGCGCGCUUGAUCAAAACGUAACAAUGAU